AUGGACGAUUCUCUAGUUCGCAAAGAUGCCAACGUCAACAGCCAGGUGGCUUCUAAGCGUGCACAGCUGGAAGGUCUGUUGGAAGAUACCUUCGCUGGCAACGGUGGAGGUGACAACAAAGCUGAAAUACCAUCCAUUCGGGUGACCGUGCCAGAGGAGCAAGGCAUUUGGGAUCACGAGAGGUCGGUGAAGUUGGCAGAUCAUGGCACCGGUUUCUUGGAGCAAGAGGAGUUGAUGGAGCUGGUUUUGGAAAGCGCAAAGCAUGAAACAUGUUGA